UAAAGCAGGACGACGACGGAAGGAGGACGGCUGGGGAGUCGCAGCCCGGGAUUGUAAAUAAGACCGCUGAAACUGUGUUUUAUUUACAAAAGUGAUGCCGGCUGUUUUAAAAUACCGUUCCCAGUUGUUUUAAUUCGUUUUUCGUAAUUUUUGGCUGUAUUUCUCGCCUAUUUCCGUGUGGUUUUUACACUACGCGUAUAAUGGCGAGCUCGGCUAACUCGAACCCAGUGCCUAAACUAUACAAGUCUGUGAUUGAGGAUGUGAUAAACGAGGUGCGAGAACUGUUCCUGGACGAGGGAGUGGAUGAGCAAGUGCUUCUGGAGCUGAAAACGCUAUGGGAGAAUAAACUGUUGCAGUCCAAGGCGGUGGAGGGCUUCCAUACUGAGGAGCAAGCAGCUCUGCAGGCCGCUCAGCAGCAGCAGCAGCAGCAACAACAACAGCAGCAGCAGCAGGUUCAACAGGUCCAGCAGGUCCAGCAGGUCACUCAGCCAACACAGGCCCAGCAAGUCAUCCUGCCUCCCCAACAGCAGCAGCAAGCUCCCCAGCAGCAAGUCAUUGUUCAGGAUUCCAAGAUUCUACAGCACAUGAGUGCAACGGGGAUGAGUGCAGCAGCUACUGCAGCAACGCUUGCUUUACCCACAGGGGUCACCCCAUACCAACAGCUCAUCACCAGCCAAGGUCAGAUCCUGCAGGUGGUCCGUGCUCCCAAUGGAGCUCAGUACAUUAUCCAGCAGCCCCAGCAGCAGAUCCUCCUGCAGCAGCAGAUGCAGCCUGGUGGCGUGCAGGCACCGGUCAUCCAACAGGUACGCCCGAUCACACAGGUCCUGGCUCCUUUGCAGGGAGGCCUGCCCCAACAAACAGGAGUCAUCAUCCAGCCACAGCAGAUUGUCUUAGCUUCAAGCAAAGUCCAAGGCAAUACACAGGCAGCAUCAAUGGCUCCACAGCCUGGUCAGGCAACAACAGCAGCUUUGGUCCGACAGCUUCAGCAGCAGGCCCAGGGUGCAGCUGCACCACAGGCCCAACCGCAGCCUCAAGCCCAGCCCCAGGCCCAGCAACAGGCCCAGCCUCAGGCUGAACCCCAGCCUCAGACACAGCAGCCUCCCAUGAUGCUGCAAGUGGACGGAACUGGAGACACCUCUUCAGAGGAGGACGAGGAUGAGGAGGAGGAGUAUGAUGAAGAUGACGAGGAGGAGAAGGACAAGGAUGGGGGAGAGGAUGGGCAGGUGGAGGAGGAGCCACUGAACAGUGGGGAUGAUGUCAGUGAUGAGGAGGACCAGGAGCUGUUUGAUACAGAGAAUGUAGUGGUGUGCCAGUAUGACAAGAUUCACAGAAGUAAGAACAAAUGGAAAUUCCACCUGAAGGACGGGAUCAUGAAUCUGAACGGGAGAGACUAUGUCUUCUCCAAAGCCAUUGGGGAUGCCGAAUGGUGAAGUAGAAAAAAAAAAAACAGGAGCAGGAACUCUGUAACUCCUUCUAUCCAGUUAACAGACACUUCAAUAUCCUUCCAUAUCCUGUGACUGGAUUCAUUUCAGGAAACUUCUUCUGAGUCUUUGAGAACUCUGACAAACCCAAAGGACUGUGAGGGUACUGUAAAACCUGGGUGUCGUCAAAAAUACUCAACUUGCCUUGCCGGGAUGAGAAACCUACAGGGGAAGGGAAAGCCUGUGAACAGAGCACUGUUUCUCUUUUUUUUUUUCUUCUUCUUCCAGGCUUCUCUACCUUUUUUGUUCUGAGAUAAUUCACAUAGGAAAGUAAGCAUUUCACAUCGUAUAGGUGUAGUGGACCAGGGUGACGUGAACUGCCCUGUCACAGGAGGUCAGAGGUCAUUCAUUAUAACCCCGUAGAUGAGAAACAUCCUCACAAUGCACUGUAGUCCGUUGACUGGAUUGACUUGUGUCUACAUUUAAGUCUAAACUUAGUGCCACCAGUCGAGAUCGCUGCCUUUAGAAUGGCCAGAAUCAACCUUCUGGCUUCUAAUUUUUGUCCUUGGAUCGUAAUUCUGUCUCAAUUCAUGUAUGAAAAUGGUGCUCCAGAGUGUUUUAUGUGGUUAACCAUCUGUUAUUGUUUUAAUUUUUUUUUUUAAAUGUUUGAUGAAGGGUUAAGGCAAAGAAGGUAAAAUCACAUUAAUCUCAAACUAACUAAUAGUUUUUAAUCUUGUAGGGAGUGCUGAAUCCAAGAAAAAGCUGUUAAUGUCCUCCUCUGCUUCUCUGGAGCGUUAUUCCAUCUUUAUCUCAAAACAUUAAAAAAAAAGAAAGAACAGAUCCAACACUGAAGAAUUGUACAAAAUGUCUAAAAGUUUGUCCUCUUGCAUCUUCUUUGCUCUUAUUUUAGUUAUCUGCAGCCGUCUGAAAAUUUGCACUGUCAGUUUAUCAAUGUGUCGUGAAAUCAGUCAGUCAAAUUAAUCAAUAACCACAGCGUGCUCUGUUCUGUCCAGUUACGUGUGUGUGAGUGAGUGAGUGAGAGAUGGUGACUGACUACACAGGCAUGUGGUGAGUGUUCACGUGUGUAUGAUGACUUGUGUGUGUUGUCACUGCUUUUCUCUGGAAAUUUGUUAGUUUAUUCCUCUUGCACACCCCGUAAUCGCAAACUGUCACAAAUUUAAAACAGUAAAAUAGAGAUUUAAUUUUUUUUUCUUUCCUUUUUUUGGUGGGGCAGCGUGGUGUCUUCUUUUUUUUUUCAAUAUUUAUUCCUGAAAGUUGAUGAAAUGUUCUAUUUUUUGAAAAGGUUGGAAAGCCGCACCAAACUGUGCUCUUAUAAUCUAAUAAGUGUUCCUUUUUUUUUCUGUUGGCUGGACAAAGCUACAUGAUGCUGUGUUCCAAAUCAUUUCGUCCACCAUAUGUUCUCCUGUGCUUUCAUUUUAUUCAUGAUUUUUAAAAUGAGAAUAUUUUCUAUCAAAGUGAGUUUAACUCGGGGGGCCCGUGUGUUUCUCUGCAGUUUGUUUUUAGUGCCCCUGUUGCAGCAAUUUGAAAUAAAGUACGUGUUUUUUUGA